GACUAUUGUAUCCGCUCAAUCUAUUCGAGAUAAUCCCGGAGAAUUCACGACUCAUCAUGGACGAACUCAAUCUAUCAGCUGAAGCCGCGGAGGGUCUGAAGAAUCUGUCGGUCCGCGACAGGCAAGAGCUCCAACAAUUUGUUGCUCAAGAAACACAGAAGGCGCAAAUCCAGUCAGCUGUGCACAUGCUCACCGACAAAUGCUUCAAGAAAUGCAUCACCUCCAAAAUCACAUCCGGCGCCCUCGACCGAUCAGAAGAGCCCUGCAUGCGGAAUUGCGUGGAUAGGUUCAUGGACGCUAGUGGAGCGGUCAUCCGUCACUUGGAGCAGAUGAGGCAAUAGAUCGCGGAUGAGAGGCCUCGCAUGUCAAUGAUGGGUGUACGAUAGCGUGGGUGUGGGUGUGGGCGUGGGAGGGAGGAGGACACUACAGCGAUGCUGCAAGAGCAAUGGGCCCGGGCAAUGAAACGCCGCUCAGCUGGAUGGAUUCUUGACGUGGACAGGAAGCAUGGCAUAUGGACACUGCAGUUUAGAGAUGCUGCAAGCGCAACGGACUCGAGCAAUGAAACACCACUCAGUAAG